AUGACGACGCCGGACGAGCCUUUUACCCGUCUCACGCCCGCGCCCGAUGACGUCGUCAUCGACAGGGAAAAGUUCACCAAAACGGUCCCGCUCAUCGCGCUGCGCGUGCCGAAGGCCAAGUGUCAGUUUUACAUGAAGGCUCUGCGCGGGCUCGUCCUGGACAUCCCCCGGCAGCAGUCGGUGGUGAGGGAUCCCAGCGACGAUUCCAUGCGACUGCUGCUGCUGAAGGAGGAGGUCAAGGACGGCUCGUUGCCGACGAUGAGCGAGGAGAGGCGGGCGGAGAUCGGCGUGGACGCGCUGGAGCGAACGACGCAUGAUUUGGUCCUGUCUUACGAUUACUUCAACGCCGAGCAGGUGCUACGGCGGCUCCUGCCCGAGGGUUGCGACGUGCCGGGAUCGUUCGAGACUGUGGGACACAUCGCGCACCUCAACCUGAGGGACGAGGUGUUGGAACACAAGCACGUCAUCGGUCGCGUGUUGCUCGAUAAGAACCCGCGGCUGAAGACGGUGGUGAACAAGGUUGGGAGCAUCGAGAGCGAGUUCAGGGUGCCCACGUGGGAGCUGCUCGCGGGGGAUACGUCACUCGAGACGGAGGUGCGGCAGCACGGCAUCCCGUUCAAGCUCGACUUUGGGGAGGUGUACUGGAACAGCAGGCUGGAGGCGGAGCACAAGCGGUUGAUCGAGCAGAUACGACCGGGGGAGAUACUGUGCGACGCCAUGUGCGGGAUAGGACCGUUCGCGGUGCCCGCCGCCAAGGCUGGACGGAGGGUGUACGCCAACGACCUGAACCCAUCCUGCGCCAGGUACGCGAGAGUGAACUGCGUCGGGAACAAGGUCAAGAACCUGGUCAAGUGCUACAACAUGUGCGCCCGGGAGCUCAUUCGGAAGCUGCUGCGGCCGGGUAAGGUUGAGGACACGGGUGAGACGACGGUCGGGACGGACGGGAAGAGACGAGCGGUGCAGUGGGCGGCGACGGGUGAAGACGCGGACGGCGAGCCACCCUCCGGGGCUGUGUUUGAUCACGUCACCAUGAACCUUCCCGCCACGGCUAUUGAGUUUCUCAACGUCUUCAAGGGUGCGUUCGACCGGGAGACGUGGGCGGGGCGUCGGUUGCCCGUAAUACAUGUCUACACGUUCAAGCGCGCGACGGAGACCGUAGAAGAUGUGGUGCGGCGCGGGGAAGGCCACCUUGGGGCGGCGAUAGCAAACCCAACCGUGCACGAGGUGAGGGACGUGGCUCCCAACAAAAUCAUGCUCUGCCUCUCGUUUAGGAUCACACCCGACGCGGCGUUUCCACCGGAGGAUGGAACGAAAGGGAACGAGGCGAAGCGCGCCAAAACUGGUGAUUAG